GGGUCCGCUCUAUAGGGGCCUCGGCGACCUCGCGCCGCGGGCCCCGAGCGCGCGGGGCGCUCGGCAUCCGCCAGGCUGCGCCAGGACGCCACAGGCGCGCAGGGCGGCGCCGCGCUGCCGCCCCGCCAUGGCGCUGAGCAGGGCGGCGCUCGCCGGGAGGGCGCGCGCCAGGCUCGCGCCGAGCCUGCGGCUGUAUGAGGAUGCCCUCGACAGGCGCCCUCUCGCGACGAAGGUCCUCACCGCCCUCGGCCUAGGUGCGCUGGGCGACGGUGUGGCCCAGGGGCUCGCUGGCAAGAAGUACGACGCGCAGCGGCAGGCGGCCUUCGCGAGCUUCUGCGGACUCUACACUGGAGGCUUCCAGCACUUCUGGUUUGCAGCUCUCACGCGCGCCUGGCCAAUCCCACCAGGCUCGGGUGGGGUGAGCGCAAUGGCGCUCCCGAUAGCGUCCCGCAUAGUGGCGAACCAGUUCUUCGUGGUCCCGUGCCUCUACCUGCCAGCAUUCUUCGUGUCGAUGGAGGUCUUGUCAGGGCGAUGCUGGUCAGAUGGCCUGGAGAGGUGGCGGGAGCGCGGAUGGGAUACGAUGAAGGUGAAUUGGCUUUUUUGGCUGCCAGCCCAGAUUUUCCAGUUCGCUUGGGUGCCGUGCAAGAUGCACGUUGCGUUCGUGUCCAGCGUUGGCCUCUGCUGGCAGACCAUAUUGAGUCUUACCACCAGUCCGGAGUCAUUCAUGUGCAUGUUGAAAUGA